CUUUAACAGUAGUAUAACUUUAGAUUCUGUUCCAAUUGAAAAUAUUUAAUAGAUUGACGGAUCAAUAUGAAGAUAACUUUAGGAAGUAUUUUGAUGCUCAUAGCACUAGCCAAUAUCAACGUGGGUAGUACAUACAGGUUGGAGAGGUCUCCACAAGAAAAACCAUGGGAAAUCAGUCACGUUACAAAAACAGAUGACGAUGGUAACCUCAACGCUGGUGUUAAUGUGAAAAAUGACAACUUUCAUGUAGGUUGGGACCAAAUUUUCGACGGAUCUGGUAAAUCCAAACCAAAUUUAAACAUAGGUGGUACAUAUAAGUUCAAGAGGUCUCCACAAGAAAAACCAUGGGAAAUUAGUCACGUUACGAAAACAAAUGAAGAUGGUAAUCUCAAUGCUGGCGUGAAUGUGAAAAAUGACAACUUAAAUAUAGGUUGGGACCAAGUUUUUGAUGGAUCUGGUAAAUCAAAACCAAAUUUUAACAUAGCUGGUACAUAUAGAUUCAAGAGGUCUCCUCAGAAAAAACAAUGGGAAAUUGGUCACAUUACAAACACAGAUGAAAAUGGUAACAUCAAAGCUGGUGUUAAUGUGAAACAUGAUAACUUUAAUUUUGGUUGGGAUCAAGUUUUUGACGGUUCAGGUAAAUCUAAACCAAGUUUCAACUUCAAAAUUUAAGAAUUUUCUUGGAUUGAGCCUUAGAUAUCACUUUUUGAAAUUUAGUUGCGAAUCAAACACAGAUCAAAAUUUAAAUGCUAGUAAUGGUUUUGAUGCAAAUAUUUCGGUUGUCACAAAGUUUUUAAUGGUUCCAGUUCAUGCAAAUCAUGCACUAAGAAUGUAGUAGUUUCUUUAUUUUUCUGAAUAUAUUUUUGGAAAGAAGUGAGAAGUUACAAAUGUGA